AGUCUUUUAGUUUUACAAGGGCUAAUGCACUUUUCUGAAAGGAGGCUUCAGACUCGAACCAUGCAAGCUAGAAACGCUGAAGUGCCGGCAGCAGAUCGCGACCAAGUCUAUCAUCUGGUAGUGAAGUGUCGACAAAGAUGCCCCCGCUUUGACUGCGGAAGGUACUUUCGCCUGUCGGCAACGGUGACGGAUCGGCAACACACGCAGGAUGUGAGUGCAGAUAACGCCAUGGCUCUGGCAGAGGCUCAGCUCGUCCUCAGUGCCACCUGUCCGCAUUGCCACAAUAUCUGCAACAUUCCUGCUGAGCGUCGUACACAGGACAACCAGGACCAGGUACAGGCUGCCUAUGGUGCAAGUGAUGUGCAGGGGAACCCUGUUUGCCAACCUACCGAUCCACGUGGUCAGUAGAACCUGUCUGGCAGCCGUCUUUACACAGUGAAGGGUAAACAUUGGAGAACAC